AUGGCACCAAAACGAAAACUUUCAGAUUCGGAUGCUCCAGAAGAGGUACACCCAUCUAGACAAGUUCAAGUCUAUGGUGAUGAACCAAAACCUGCAAAGAAACGCAAGUCAGAACCAGCAUUUAACAAAAAACAAGCACAUGCUUCCAGCGUUAAUACCAUAAAGAAGAAGAUAAGAGAUGUGACAAGGAGGCUUGAAAGGGCACAAGAUCUUCCUGCGGAUGUGCGCGUAGAGGAUGAACGAGCUCUUGCUGCAUAUCAGCAGGAAUUGGCUUCUGCAGAGGCAGAGAAGAUUAGACAGAAAAUGAUCAAGAAAUACCAUAUGGUCCGAUUCUUCGAACGUCAAAAAGCUACCAGACAAUUGAAGAAACUUCGAAAACGACUUCUAGAAACCCAAUCGACUGAAGAAGUUGAGCAACUGAAGGAGGAGAUGCACAUUCUUGAGGUGGAUCUUAAUUAUACCCAAUACCACCCUCUGAGCGAAACAUAUAUCAGUCUUUAUCCUCCAAAGGGCUCAGAAGAGGAUGUAGAGGUCAAAGUGGAUAAGACGAAACCCCCAAUGUGGAAGGAAGUCGAGAAGUGCAUGGAGGAAGGAACCCUCGAUCGACUACGAAACAGGAAACCAGAUACCAUUAUCUCGACCAAAAAAGCUAUCAAACUUCCUGAGAGAAAGAUUGUAAAACCAAAGCCAAAACCACAGCCGCAAGAGCAAGAGCAAGCUCCAUCAAUCGAUACUACAGGAUUGAAUCGACGCCAGAGAAGAGCCCAGCGUGGUGUGAAGGAUACGAGGGCUACAAAGAUUGCAAAGAACAAAUCUACAGGCUUUUCUAAGAACCAAGCAUUCGGGGCCGUGGAGGGGGCAAGAGCAGAUGAGGUUCAAGACGGUAAUGUUAGUGAUGGAGGUUUCUUCGAGGAAUAA